AAAAUCACGUGGUGUUGUGUACACCGGGAUAUCUCAAGAGUUGAAAUUCGACACCGUUCUGACUUUAAUGAGAAAUUAAACAAAGAAAGUUGAAUACUCUCGAGUUAAUAAAAUCAAAGUGUUAGUGAUACGAGAUCAGUAUUAUAUAUAUGUAUAGUGUAGUGCAUUAGAAACUUCGAGACGUACGUGAGUACGAAAAGCAACAAGAUCAGCUUAAUUAUUUUGCUUUAUAAAUCAAAGCAAUUUUAAUUACUAUCAUUUUACUUCGACUUUAGUAUUAUAGUCAGCAUAUAAAUUUAAAAUAAAAGUACAACUAUUGUUUAAUAGAAUUAAUAAAUUAAUCAUGUCUCAAUUCAUCGAUCCACGUGCUGGUUUUUCUCUCAAAGAUCUCAUGUCAGAUUCAGGCCUAGUAUUUGAUUUUGGUAAUGAAUUUGAAGAAGAGAUUGAAGAUGAUCGUUAUCGGUAUAAUCCAAAUGUUAACAUGACCGAAGAUGAACUUCUAAGUAACAUAAAUUUAGAAUUAUCAGAAAAUGAAGAUGAAGAUGAUGAUGAGCCUAAACAAAACGCAUCAUCACUACUUGGAUUAGAUUUUGAUAAACUGAGAGACAAAAUGGAGAAUUUGACUUCAUAUGAUAAGAUCAAAAAAUUGGUUAGACAACAGGGAGUUGGAGACGUUGUACCAGAAGAUUCAAUGGUAACAAUAAAAUAUUCUGCAUAUUUGGAAGGACAAGAUGAACCUUAUGAUUCAUCUUUUUUGAGAGGAGCACCAGAUAAAUUCCGAUUGAAUAGAGGAGAACUCAUUGUUGGCUUAGAUCUUGCUAUUCAAAGUAUGCGAAAGCACGAAGUGUCAAUUUUUCUAAUUCAUCACGAUUUCGCUUACGGAGAGCUGGGAGUAUUACCAUUGAUUCCUGCAAAAGCUGAAGUUUUAUUUAUAGUUUAUCUAAUUGAUUUUCUUGAUAAUGGUGCCAUUGAUACUUAUGGUGCUUUAGAUCCUGAAGAAAAACACAUGUUUGUCAAUGCAGAAAAAUUUGCAAAGCAUAUGAUGACAACAGGUGCUGAUAAUUUCCAAAAAAAACAAUAUAAAAAGGCGAUCCGUGACUAUAAAAAAGCUAUUGAUUGUUUACAAGAAGCAAAAUUAGAUAAUGAUGAAGAAGAACACCGUAUGAAUAAAUUAACAUCACAAGCAUUUCAAAAUCUUGCUGUUUGUUAUAAUAAAGAGGAUAUGCCUCGAAAAGCUUGUAUUGCAUGCAAUCAAGUUAUCAAUAAGACAGCAAAAACCUAUUUUCAUUAUGGUCGAGCCUUAAUCAAAAUGGGUGAAUACACUGCGGCUCUUGAAAAAUUAGAAAAAGCUCUUCAAAUGGAUCCUGGCAAUAACGAAAUCGUAACAGAAAUGCGAUUAGCUAGUGAAUUCCACUCAAAAAAUCUUGCCGUAGAAAAAGCGAUGUGGUCUAAUUGUCUUAAAUUGCAAAAUUUAGAAGUAAAUAAUACUGAUAAUCAAUACCAUGAAGCAGCAAUAGAAUUUUGCAACAAUUUCAAAUCUAAUGAGCACGUCUUACGUCAACAACUUCCAGAAGGUAUAUCAAAGGAUUUCAAAGAAGCAAUUCGAAGACAAGCAUUAGCUAUGGGAAUAAAAGUUACAUCUCAUACAAAAUACAAUAAAGAAAAUCUUUAUUUAGAAAAACCUAAUUACAUUUGAAAAACUACUUCGAGUACAUUAUCAGUGUAUACAUAUACUACAAUAUACAAACAGUGUAUUUCAAAACCUUAUCACGUAUAUUCAUUUGAAAAGAAAUAUAGUUUUGAGUUUUUUAAGGUUGUUAUUCCGUUAAUAUAGUAUGAAAAUUAGUGAUAGUGUAAUUUUACAACACAAUUUAAGUUUAUAUUAUUUUACGAUUAUUUCAUUCUUUUAAUUUUUAAAAAGGUAUAAAUAUCACAUAUCUUUUAAAAUAUAAUAGAUAAUAAGUACAUGAGACAGAAGUAACAAUUUUUUAUUAACUUCCCAUUUGAAAGUUAUUGUAAUAUUAUUUUAGUUAAAAUGAUACGAAUAUAUUACAAACAUGUCACAUGAAAAAGAAACUAACUACAUCUAAUUAAAGUAAUAUGAAUAUGAAAAAAUAAGUAAAAAAUGGUUACAAGAUAUAAAAGUAA